AUGCCCAGCUUCUCGUGUUUGCUGCUCUUCUUGCAGGGUGCAUGUAAGUCACAUCCCCUCAUCCGGAGGACCCUUGCCACUUGGGGGCGCUCCUGGGGGCCAGGGCAAUGGAGGAGGAGGGAGGGAGGGAGGGAGGGAGAGGCGGCUUCGCACAGACCAGCAGGAGCAGGGAAGCGGGCGGCCAGGCGGCCUGGUCCUAGAAGGACAAGGAAAGGUUUCCUGUCUGAAACCCUGGAGAGCCUCUGCCAGUCAGUGUAGAGAGUACUGGCCUAGGUGGACCGAUGGUCUGAUUCAGUAUAAGGCAAAGCAGACCAGAGCAAUACAUUUGGUACCAGCUUGGCUCAGGAGUCGCCGGAAGUAGGCGUAAAAGGCGCCAUCCAACUGCCUAAGGGACUCCACUCCAGAUUUGUGUAGGCUUUGCUCCUUAACCUUUGCUGAAGAUGUCCCACAAGGGAGUGGAGGUUUAGGGUCAGAGUUUUUUCCUUCUCCUAGAUGGGCCACCUUCCCAGAUUGACGAGCCCCAUCUGCCCCUCACUUCCCGCUAUAGCUGGAACUUGUCUUCACACGCAGGGGAAAUCUCUUAACUCACUGAGGGUUUGAGACACGUUAGCUAUCCUCACCUCAUUUAGCUGGCCAGUCGAAGCCUUUCCUGGGGUGUGGCCGCUAUCGCCUGCUGACAGCUUCUUGGCUCUUUUUAUGUGAAUUGCCCUGAGACCGCCGGGUAUAGGCCGGAAUAAUAGUAAUAAUAAUAAUAAUAAUAAUAAUAGCCACAGGUGAGAGCUGAGUGACGACUGAGGACCAAAGUUGGACAAGCCACCCCAGAAAGAGCUUGACGUGUCCCACACCAGAGGUACUCCCCCUCCCUAGCGCCCACAGUGGAUGGUUACUUUUUUUGAGCAGUCAAAGGCGCAUCCCACAUUCAGAUUUAUAGUAGUCCUCAGACUCCUCUAACCAGCCUGGCUUUUUUUUUUUGUUUGUUUUUUUAACCAAAGGGCUUCAGGAAUCCCUUUUUUGCAUAACUACAGUUUGCAGGAAUCUUAAAACUGGCUUAUGAUAGCUUUAGCCUGUGAUGGAGGUCCAGUCUAAUUACAGUCUAACAGUAUUUCUUGUCCUUUUCAGGGGCAGCCGUGAUAAUCCAAGUCCCUUCAUCCCCAGUCCAGGCAGGGCCACACUCUAAUGUAUCCCUGCCUUGCCACUUCUCCUUAGACCCUCCCAGGCCCAUAGACGUUGAUUUCCUGAUUGUGAGAUGGUCGCUGAGAGGAAAAAACAUUGCAAAGUUCGAUACCAACAUCACAGUGUUUAGACCGAGGGGAGCAGUGCUUGAUGCGACACGGCUGCCAGAGGGAAACGCCUCCCUCUACCUCUCGGACGUAAGGGAGGAGGAUGCCGGGGAGUAUACGUGUUUUGUUCUCCAUACUCCUGACAGUGCUGAAGGGAAGGUGGCAUUGAAAUUAGAAGGUAAGGGAGGCAAGGCGGCGGGUGGAAAACCUUUUUUAAAGCACCAAACUUAUUUCAUAUUAAAGUCCUUGAUGUAGGGCCUACUUUGUGGUGGUACUACAGAACUGAGAUAUGACCUCUCAAGAGAGGCUUGACAAAAGCAUGCUUUAACAAAUAUCAUCACCAUUUAUUUAUUUAUACCCCACCCAUCUAGGUGGGUUUCCCCAGCCACUCUGGCAGCUCCCAACAGAAUAUUAAAAACACAAUAAAACAUCAUACAUUGAAAACUUCCCUAAGCAGGGUUGCCUUAAGGUGUCUUCUAAAAGUCAGAUAGUUGUUUGUUUCCUUGACAUCUGAUAGGAGGGUAUUCCACAGGACAGAUGCCACUACUGAGAAGGCCCUCUGCCUGGUUCCCUGUAACCCCAGGGAGGGAACCAGAAGGCCCUCAGCGCUGGACAUCAGAGUCUGGACUGAACGAUGGGGGUGGAGAUGCUCCUUCAGGUAUACUGGGCCAAGGCCAUUUAGGGCUUUAAAGGGCAGCACCAACACUUUGAAUUGUGCUCAGAAAUGUACUGGAGCCAAUGUAGGUCUUUCGGGACUGGUGUUAUACGGUCUCGGUAGCCACUCCCAGUCAACAGUGUAGCUGCUGCAUUCUGGAUUAGUUAUAGUUUCCAGGUCACCUUCAAAGGUAGCCCCACGUAGAGCGCAUUGCAGUAGCCCAAGCGGGACAGUUUCCCAGACCUUGAGGGAUGGCAUAGUGGAGAUAAAGGACUGCAGCUCUUACUGCAUUUGGGAGCGGGCCAGGCAGGACUUGGGGCUAAGAGGAUAGUGAGUAACUUAAAGGCCACCUAAUGAGUUCAUGGGCAAGGUGAGAUUUGAUCUGCAGAUUCCUAGUGCAUGUUUUCAACCAUGACUUCUACGCCAACUUCCUUGUACUGAGAGCUGCCUUUUAUUGUGUGCCUUUUUAUUGUGUGGCUUCCGGUGAAGAAUCCUGGGAACUGCAGCUUGCUGGUCACAGAUCUACAGUUCCCAGCACCCUUUAAGCUGCCCAAGGAGAUGCUCUCCUAACUCUCCUCUCUCUCUCCAGCUCCCCCACGCCUAACACUCGGACCCACAAAAGUGCCGCUGGGAAAACCAAUCAAUUUCACGUGUGCAGUAUCCGACUUUUUCCCUGAUGGUGUCUCUGUGAAGUGGCUGCGAGACAGUGAGACUCUGAAAGUUGACUCGCCCCCUGCCAAGCGUGGGGCCAAUUACCUCUUCUAUGCACAAAGUGUCCUGGAGUUCACAGCACAAAUCUCUGACACUGGCGUUACCUUCUCAUGCCACAUCCAACACCAAGCAGCGAAAGACCCAAUCCGUCAAGAUAUUGAGCUGAAGGUGGUAGGUAAGUGGGAGCCUUUCCUGUGCGACCUGGAGUCCUGAAAUGCCCAUGCUAAGCACAGUUCUCCCUUAGUGAGACCCAGUUCUGACUCGCACUCUCUACCCUGUUCUGCCUCUGCGUAUUUUCCUCCUCAAAACACUGUAUCCCUUUGCUCUAAACAGUAGUGUCUGCUCCAUGAUAAAGAAUCCUGCAAGAACUUACCUGCUGAGGUGGGUGAAGGCCCACCCAGUCGAAUUUGCUUCCACACUAGGACCCCUCAUGAUUGCUAAGGCACCGCUUUCCUGCAAAUCAGCUGGAAAUCACAUUAAAAUGGUGGUUUCACACGCUACUUAACAUGGUGCUAUAUUUAGCAAAAAAGGCUUAAUGUUCCCCAUGUUCGGAGAUGGGGAGCCUGUGACCCUCCAGAUGUGGAUGGGCUCCUGCUCCCAUCAGACUUGGGCAGAGAAGCCAAUGGUCAGAAUGGUGGGAGUUGUAGUCAAAGGACAUUGGAGAGCCACACUUUCCCUGUCCUUCCCUCACAGGACCUGUAGUGAGGUCCGUCUGGCGCCUCCAUUGACCUCGUUCCCCCCAGGCUGUGAUAAACUAGAAUGGCAUUUUUACUCCCUUUAAAGGGAGCGCAUAGGUCUGACUAAAAAUACAGUCGUACCUUGGAAGUUGAACCGAAUCCAUUUUAGAAGUCUAUUCGACUUCCAAAAUUUUUGGAAACAAAAGAGCAGCUUCUGAUUGGCUGCCGGAAGAGAUUGAACCUGAGACCUUCUGCAUGCAAGGCAAAUAUUCUGGUGCUGAGCUGCUCUUGUGUAAUGCAUUUCAUACAACUGUGGCCUUUAGAGACUGUUAGGUGGGUUGCCUUUAUAAUCAGCAAUGUCUCCCUCUAGUGGCCUUCACCAGACUUGCAGGACCUCAAAUCUCUUCUCCUCGCAGCUCGCCCAGAACUUCAUAUGCUCACCAGGCCAUCAGGGAAGAGGUUCUUGGUAGCGGAGUGCCUAGCGUGUGGGUUUUACCCACAAAAUGUUACAGUGCAGUGGCUGCAAAAUGGGGAGCCGAUCCAAGGGAAAAUAUACGAGUCUGAAGUUGAACAAAAUCCUAAUGGGACGUUCUCAACCGGAAGCGUCUUCUUCCCAAAGCAGGACCAUUUUGCAGCCAGUUUUACCUGCCAGGUACAACAUGAAGCACUGGAGGCACCACUGGAGGAGAGGAUCCCCUGGGAGCCAGAAGGUGAGGGUGAUAGAAUUACCCACCCCUCAUCCCCAGAAUGUAGUACCAAAUCACAUUGGCCAAAACUAAAACGUGCAUCUCCAAUUGACUCUCCUCCAUCUCCAGGAUACUUUAGAUCACUGUUGACUUGGCUUGUAGGAUCUCUGGGACACCUUGUGGGACUUGGCAUGGGAGUUGGAGCGACGUUGAUGUACCAAAGACGCAGAGGUGAGUUGGGGCUGCUGGGAGUGGUGGCAGAAAGGGCAGCAGAGUCCGUGGGGAGACAAGGCUGCAGUGCUGGGGCACGGGACUUCAGAUUGCAGUUUGGAGACACCUGAUUAUUGCGUUCCCUCUCUCCCUCUCUCUCUCCCCCUCUCUCUUAGCAGCCAAGUAUAAGCAAGCUGAACCAAAUGACCAAACCCUCCUGAAGAAGACGUCGAAAGUCAGGAGGGAAAAUCCAGAUGACGUUUUUGUUAUUUAA